CAAAGGAAAACAGUUGGGACAGACAUCAAUUUAAGCCCCUUGGAUGUUCUGCGCGUUCAAAUGCGAUAUAAAUGUGGUGUAGCCGAAGCGUCCUAUUUCAUAGGUGACGAUACUACUAACGCGACCACAUCUACGCAUAUGGAUACCAACCGCACCAGUAUCGCUUUGCAGGCUACUUUAGGCACGCUGAUUCCGUUUGCAGUCGUCGUCGCAGCAGUGGCACUAUACUGGUUGCGGCUUAAGAAGCAUCAUCAAGGGCACAGUACCAUGCGCAAGGACAGUUGGCGUCCGCAUUCCCUCGUUAAAUCUGUGGCAUUACACGAUCUGUCCUCUGUUCAAGGUGAUCUCCAUCACCUCAUUCCGAACGAUUCCGCGCUCCACGGCCAUAUUAAGCUUUUAGAGAUUUCACUGGCCAGAUUGGCGAUUUCGAAUACAGUUCUUGGCAAAGGGGCGACCGGUAUAGUGUGGAGAGGCACUGCGGAUGGCGUCUACGGCAAUCCCAGUAAAGUGGAUGUUGCUGUCAAAAGUCCUAGAAGAAAACACGACAACGGUCAAAUUCGCCAACUUAUCCAGGAGCUGAAGAUUAUGACACGGACCGGUCGCCAUUUAAAUAUUGUGAACCUGUUGGGAGUGGUAACCAAAGGCGAAGCGCUCUUGUUGCUGGAGCUCGCCCAGUAUGGCUCCUUGCUAAGAUACCUUCAGUCAUACAACACUGAACGCUUCUACAAUCACGUCGAUGAGAACGGAGAUAUCCUGCCCUACGAUGAAGACAAAGCCGAACAUAUCGAACGACUUCUGAAUGCUGGUGAUCCUCAGUGGACGGAGAACGGACUUAGUCCACUGUGCUUAUCGUCCAAAACUUUACUCAGUUUUGUAUAUCAAAUUAGCCGCGGCAUGGAGUAUCUUGGCACAAAAUCGAUCAUCCACAGAGAUCUCGCUGCCCGCAAUGUCCUCAUCUGUGAAUCCUGUGAUAGAAACGUGGUGAAAAUUUCCGAUUUUGGAAUGGCACAAGCCGGUACAGAAGACGUUCCCUUUGAUCCUAAGGAAAUGUUACCAGUGCGUUGGAUGCCGCCCGAAGCCAUCACACACAGAGUAUUUUCCCACAAAUCAGAUGUAUGGUCAUUUGGCGUGGUGAUGUGGGAAACGUUCAGUCUGGGUAAUCUUCCGUACAGUGGCAGUGAUAUUAUGCGCCAGUCCAUCGCAGAAUUCGUGGUGUCAUUAAAAAAUGGAUUACGUUUGGAAAGACAUGUAUUCUGUCCUUCCGGCAUAUAUAAGCUGGGAAUUCUUACCGGAUGACCGCACCGAUUUUGCCCAACUGACCCAUGCUCUGCGACUGAUUAUCGACAGUGAUUCCGCCGAAACAUAUCUUCUUCUGGACGACGUGUACAACCAGUUUAAUGUGAAUUAUUUGACCGUUUUAGAAAAUGUGAUAAUGGAUGGUAGUAUUGCCUUAAAUCAAUAACAUUAAUCAGGUAAUUACUGAUUCCCCAGAACUGAGCAGUACACGAUAUCAGUUAUAAAGUGAA